AUGAAGAAUGAAACACAACAUUUUUUCAUCGUAUGUUUAUUCGACAUAGCAUUUUUUGCGGUGUGUGUUUGUAUAUGGUUAUAUUUACGAAAGAACCGCGAUGAAAAUAAGAUAAAUGAUAACAUAUAUAUAUUAAAUCACCAGACGCAUAGUGAAAUAAAGAUAGAUAAUAAAGAGACUGUGGGUGUAACGAAUGAUGAUAGUACUACAGAAGUAAAGAAGAAAACGAAUAGAUUUCGUACAUUUUUAAAUAUAAAAGAUGAUAAAAUAGUAAAUACGGAAAUAAAAUAUUAUUUAUUUUUUUUGAAAGCAAAUAGAAAUAUUAUAUUUUCUUUAUGUAUUUUAGGAACCUUUUUAGUGUUACCAUUAUAUUUAUCAUUACCAAGGAAUGAUAUUAAUAAUCCAUCUUUUUUUCAUUAUAUUAGUGCUGGUAGUAUAUCGGAUAUAAAUAUAUUAACUAUAUUAUAUUUUAUUACUUUAAUAUAUAGUGCUAUAUCGUAUGCAUUUAUUUAUUUAUUAUGGAGAAAAAUUCGACCUAGUAAAAAGAAAACCAAAAAAUUCCUUCCUCAGAAUUUUACUAUUAUGGUAUCUCGUAUAGAUAAAAAAGAAAUUAAUGCUUAUAAAAUAUAUGAGUAUUUUUGUAACCUAACAAAUAAUAAAGUGGUCUCAGCGUAUCUUAUAUUAGAUUAUUCAAUAGUGUAUCAUGAGCAGAAAAAAAUUUUUAACGCAACCAAAAAUCUUAAAUUACUUAAAGAGAAUGAAGAGAAAAAAAAUAUUAAAAGAGAUAAAUCGAAGAAUAUGUUUUUUUCUUGGACAUCUAAAAAAAAAAAGAAAAAAAACGCAUCAAAUGACCCCCUUUCUAUUUGUGAUAAAAAUACAAAUCAAAAUUUAAAAAUCUCAAAAAAUAAUACGACAGAAGGUAAUCAUAUGCAUAAUUCUGUGUCUAUGAAAAAAUCGAAGCAUGCCUUUGUCGAAAAUAAUAAUACAACAGGAAACUAUAAAACAAAAAGUGAUCACAACAAAUUAAGUAGUAAUGAUAAUAUUAAAAAUUUUAAUGAAGAUAAAAAGAAAAAGAAGCAUCACAAUCAAAAUCAAAAUAACAAUCAAAAUGAUGCAUAUAGUAAUGCUUCCAAAGGUGUAACCAUACAAGCAAAUGACAAAAAUGUGAACAGUGAUAUAAAUACAAGUAUAGAAAAGAGGAUCAAAAAGGGUACACACAAAAGUAACGAAAUAUACAAACAAAAAUGUAGUAGCAAAGUGAAGGAAAAUCAAAUAUUGGGAAAAAAAGAAAAAGAAAAAAAUAUUAAAGAGGAACCUCAAAGUGAUGCUCUUGAUAAGGAUGAUAAUAAAGAAGAUGAUAAUAAUGAUGAUGAUAAUAAUGACAAUCAUCAUAAUAAUGAUGAUAAUAAUGACGAUCAUCAUAAUGAUGAUGAUGAUAAUAAUAACGAUCAUCAUAAUAAUGAUGAUGAUAAUAAUGACGAUCAUCAUAAUGAUGAUGAAAAUAUGGAAAAUAUACAAUCCAAAAGAGAUAAUGAUAAUGUAGAAGAAGAACCUGCUUGUUUUUUAAAAGACACCACAGAUGAAGAGUUAGUAGUGGAAAAAGGUAAAUUACGAAAAAAGAAAAUAGCAGGUUCAAAUUAUGGUUACAAACUUGAUUUAGAAGAAAAAUUAAUGAGAAGCACAAACAAUGAUAUGUUAUUUUAUGAUUUGGAUAAUUUAUCAACAAAAGAUAAUGAUAAUAUUGAUAUAAAAUAUAAAAAAAAGAAGAAGAAAAAUAUAUAUAAAAGUGAAUCGAAGACAAACUUUUUUGAUAAAAUAUUUUUCUUUUUAAAAAAAAAUAAAAAAAGUCAUUGGAAAAAAAAAUUAAAAGAACAUUUAAUUAAAUUUUAUUCAAUAAAAAAUGAAACUCCAAAAAAAUCUACAGGAGUAUGUUUUGUAUCCUUUAUAGAUACCAAAUCAGUACAUGAUUGUAUACACAAUAUACCUUUUACGGAAAGAAAUAAAUGGGUAAUAUCUAAUGCACCACCUAAUUAUGAUAUUAUAUGGAAAAAUCUAAAAAAUGAUAGUUAUAAAGUAUGUGCUCGUUUUAUUAUAUUAAAUGCAUUACUAUUAUUAGCUAAUACAAUAAUGAUUAUAUCUGUAACAUCCAUUGAUAAUAUCUUAAAACUCAAAAUCAAAAAAUAUAAAGCAGCAGACCCUAGCUCAUCCAAUCUUAGUGCUAUUUUGACAACUUGGUUAUCCCCAUUUAUUGUUAUAUUUGUGAACAGUAUUAUUCAACCAGCUUUAAUUUCGUGCGUAUCUAUGAUUAUUGGAUUUAUAAGAAAGUCAAGUGAACACACGUACGUGUUACAAGGAAAUUUUAUCUUUUUAAUUUUAAACACAAUUAUUAUACCUUUGCUUUCGCUUUCUCCCUUAAGUUCGAUAAUAAAGGUCAUGUAUUCUGAUGAAAUCGGACAGUGGUCAACACGUCUGGGAGAAUAUCUUUUUAACUCUAGUGGGUUCUUUGCUAUGCGUUAUUUACUUCAUUGUUGUUUCUUAACGUGCGCAAAUCAGUUAUUGCAAAUUCCACAAUUUUCAAUACGGUCAAUUUUUAAGAUUCUUACGAAAAAAGAAAUCAGUGCGUGGACUUUUGAUUUUGGAUAUUGGUAUGGAUUUAAUACUUCAAUAUUAGCCUUGAUAUUGACCUUUAGUGUUGCUGUGCCUUUCAUAUUACCACUAGGGUCCCUAUACUUUUUCUUGCGAUAUUAUAUCGACAAAUACAAUUUAAUUUAUGAAAUAUGUCGAACAAAUUUGGAUAGUCACGGAGCAGUAGUUAGAACGGCGAUAAAAUUUAUGCUUUUUUCAGUGGCCUUCUUUCAAUUGGUUAUGUUCACAUUCUUUUCGAGGGUUCAGAAUAAGUUCAUAUCAGUCGGCCGAAACAUAUUAUUUUUGUCAUCUUCCUUGACAACACUUUUAUUAUUGUGUAGAUCAACAGAAUGGGUUAGCACCAAUCACAUAAAAAGAAAAAAAGGGAAACGGACCUUUUGUUAUUUAUGUGAAAAAAAUGUUUAUGUUAGUAAUUUAAAAGAUUUAAACAAAUUAAAAUAUGCUUAUGCCAAUCCUUGUGAAUCAAAGAGAUAA